AUGAAAGACUUCACCGAAAUCACGCUUUGCCCCGAGGCUCUGGACGGCAGCAAGACCGAAUUCUGCAACCCCGUUUUUGAGGGCGAGGAGCCCCGGGCGGCACCGAGCGCGGAGCACCCGCCAGACAAGGAUGGGACCGGCCCCGCACGGCGCCGGGACGGCCUCGGCCAGCAGCUCUGGGCACAGGUGGGCUGGAGGUACCGCGCCGACUGCAAGUUCACCUGGCUCUGCGUGGCUCUGAUGAGCACCAUCCUGCUCUUCCUCAUCGCCCUCCUGCUCGGCAUCGUCAUCCACCAGCUGACGUCCCCACACCCACCCGGUGCCCCAGCCACGGCCCUGCCCGCCCGUGGCACUGCCACCACCGCCACAGCGCCCAUCCGAAGGGACCCCCCGGCCCCCAAAACCGCUGCCACCCCAACCGAGAGCCGGCUGCCCACGGCCCGCACAGCAGCACCGGCCUGCGGAGGGACCCUGCGCGGCCCCGAGGGCUCCUUCAGCUCCCCCAACUACCCCGGCCCCUACCCCCCCAACGCCCUCUGCAUCUGGCACAUCGAGGUGGGCGCCGGCCUCGCCAUCCAGCUGAGGAUGGAGACGUUCAGCGUGGAGGGCACGGCCUCCUGCCUCUUCGACCGCCUGGAGCUCUACGAAGAGCAGGGCACGGCUGGCACUGCCCCUGCUCCGGCCCGGGGGAGCCCGACCAGGUUUUGUGGCAACGUGCCCCCCCCGACCUUCAACUCCAACUCGAACCGCCUGCGGGUCACCUUCGUGUCUGACAGCAGCGUGGGCGCCCAGGGCUUCAGCGCCCGCUACCGAGCCGUGCUCCCUGCAGAGAAGAGCUGCGCCUGGGACGAGCACCUGUGCGACCGGGGGCUCUGCCUCCAGCUGGGCUUCCUGUGCGACGGCUUCCACGACUGCACGGACGGGAGCGACGAGGCCAACUGCAGCCUGAAACACAAAGAAUGUGGGGGGCCGCUGACGGCCUUGGAGGGGCACCUGUCCACCCCGAACCACCCGCAGCCAUACCCACACCAGCAGCUGUGCCUCUGGCAGAUCUCGGUGCCCCUGGGCCACGUCAUCGACCUGCACUUCCACAACUUCAGCCUGGAGUCGCACGAGGACUGCAGCUUCGACUUCGUGGAGGUGCACGACAGCGCGGGCACGGGCACUGCCAGCCUCAUGGGCAGGUUCUGUGGCCACCAGCUGCCACCCGCCCUGACCUCUUCACGGCACGUCAUGACCGUGCUCUUCGUGGCAGACGAGGGAGUUGCAGAUGAGGGGUUCUUUGCCACCUACCAAGCCCGCAAUGCCACAGAGAAGACCUGCAGCCCCGCAGAGUUUUCCUGUGGGAAUGGCGAGUGCCGGGCGCUGGAGUCUGUGUGUGACGGCUGGCACGACUGCCCCGAUGGCACCGACGAGCUGAACUGCACCGGGGUGUCCUACCCGGCCUUCGGGUCUGUCUGCGAGCCCGUGGAGGUGGAGAUGUGCCUGGGGCUGGGCUACAACGCCACCUCCUUCCCCAACAUCUGGCUGGCCAUCCCGGACCAGGAGGGAGCCGCCGAGGUGCUGCAGGACUACCAGACGCUGAUGGAGCUGGCGUGUUAUCAGCACCUCCGCCUGCUCAUCUGCAGCCUCUUCGUGCCCAAGUGCACCCCAGACGGGGGCGUGCUGCAGCCCUGCCGCGCCGUGUGCCUGGCGGCGGAGCUGCGCUGCCAGCAGUCCCUCGGCCUCCUCGGCAUCCUCUGGCCCAUCAACUGCAACAUCCUGCCCGACUCCAGCGACCCCGUGGAGUGCUUCCAGCCCUGA